CCUUGUGGCAUAGCUACAUUUUACAUUGUGUCACGAGUGGAAGGAGAAAUAGUCACAUUUUCUGGAAUCCAGGGUUUGAAUUAGUGUUCAUAAACAACAAUUCUAUCACAAGAUGAGCUGGGCUCUGUUCUUUACAGUCUGUAUCUUGGCAUCACAUCUCUCAAAGACGUAUAGCAUGACCCUCAGGAAUCCAGAGAAAAAGGGCUGGACUCUGAACAGUGCCGGGUACCUAUUAGGACCUUAUGCUCACAGAAGUCUUAAUGUAAAACACAGAGCAGCGGUGGGCAAAAGAGAUAUGUGGAAUGAUAUUUCCAGUUUACCAACAUACCGCAAUUCAUACAAUGAUUCAUAUCUUCCUUCAUUACUGGCUCAUCUUGCCUACCUGCAAUUAAAAGAAAUGGGAAUGACUGAAGAUUUCAGCAGCACUACACACAAUGUAAAAUAAUAACAAAAUCUAGUUCGUAAAAACUAUUUUUCAUCAGUUAAAUAGUUCAUCUUAAUAGCAUUAUUUAUAGUAAAAUAAAUAGUACUCUCAUUUAUAGUAUUUUUAUAUGUGCAAAUCAUGCUCUUCUUUUUACAUUUCAAAUGUUGCAAAAGUCAUAUGUAGGUUAAAAUGGGUACAAUGCACAUCCAUAUUCCACACUGUUUAUUUAUUUCUCUUCCUUGUGUACAACCAAAUUUGUUUGUUGGUGCAUAGGCUCUUCCUCAGAGUUUAAAUAAAGUUGCAAUUCAUUACAAAUAAAAAAGGCAGAAUUUUAUAUUUAUUUCUCAUAUGGCCAAUUUAGGCUUUUUAUUUUAUUUAAAUUUUCUUCAAAACAAGGUGUUAACGUUCCUCAACGUUCAUCUAAUUGAAGGCUCCAUUACUCCCUUAACAUUUUUUAUCUGAGCAAAGGAGAAUGCUGCAAUAACGCCACCUAGUGAGAAAUAUUGGAAAUGACUUAAAGAUGCCGUGAGACAAGAGAGAGACAGAGAGAUUUUUUAGUCCUUUUUGGAAAAAUACUUAAUGUAGGUUCACAAUUAAUAUGAUGUCACGCAAAUACAAUAGUAAUUCGAAAGCCCUAUCUUGGGUGUAAACUGGUCAAAUGUUCCCAAUUGGCCUUCCCAAAUCCCCAUUUACUUUAAUAAGACUGUGUAUUCUUUCCAUCAAUAGCUGGCGUCUAGGGAGUGUUCUGGACUGCUAUGGAUGAAAAACAUCCCCCAACUAACUGUGAGUCAAAGUACUGAAA